AUCGUGCGUUUCGCAAAAUGUCCGAGUUGUCUGUACGAUAAGCUGCAGCGCGUUAAUUCCGCCGUCGCGAGCAGUACGAUUACACGCGGUCUCGGAUCUCGUCGCGUAAUCACGGAAUUGUGUGUAGCGAGAGAAGAGUUUUGACACCGCGGAAGAGCGACAUUUCGCGUUUUCCAGCUCGACGAAAUUGGAAACGCUCGGUCGAAAAUCGAAAGAUUCCAUCGAUGCUUCCGCGAAAGUCGCGUCGGUGCGGCUUGACAGGCGUGAACGGCCUGUGUUUGUGCAUCCGAUUUCUCGGCAACUCUCGAGAAGAAGCUGAGCAUGGCUUCGGCGAUACUGCAGAAGGCCAUAGAUCUCGUGACAAAGGCUACGGAGGAGGAUCGCAAUAAGAACUACGAGGAGGCCCUCAGGUUAUACGAGCAUGGUGUCGAAUACUUUCUGCACGCAAUCAAAUAUGAGACGCAGGGAGACAAGGUGAAAGAAAGCAUAAGAGCAAAAUGUAUGCAAUAUUUAGAGAGAGCAGAAAAAUUAAAGGAAUACUUGAAGAAGAAUAAGAAGAAGCCAGUUAAGGCUGGAGCAGACAACGCCAAAAAUGAGGAUAAGAAGAGUGACAGUGGUGACAGUGAUACUGACAGUGACCCUGAAAAGAAGAAAUUGCAGAGCAAAUUGGAAGGUGUUAUAAUCAACGAAAACACAAACGUUAGAUGGAGCGACGUGAUUGGUCUUGACGGAGCUAUAGAAGCUUUGAAAGAGGCUGUUAUUCUACCUAUGCACUUUCCUUACCUCUUUACCGGGAGACGCAUACCUUGGAAAGGUAUUUUGUUAUUCGGGCCACCAGGAACCGGUAAAUCAUAUUUGGCGAAAGCGGUGGCGACGGAAGCUAAUCAGGCUACCUUCUUUGCUGCAUCAUCAUCAGAUUUAGUAAGCAAGUGGCUAGGAGAAUCAGAGAAGCUUGUAAAAAAUCUGUUCGAAUUAGCCAGGCAAAAGGAACGUAGCAUUAUAUUUAUCGACGAGAUAGAUUCGCUCUGUUCGUCGCGUUCCGACAACGAGUCAGAAUCCGCAAGGAGGAUAAAAACAGAAUUUCUAGUUCAGAUGCAAGGUGUAGGGAACAAUAACGAGAAUAUCCUUGUGCUGGGAGCCACGAACAUACCUUGGGUUCUGGAUUCUGCGAUUAGACGAAGAUUCGAAAAGAGAAUUUACAUUCCGUUGCCCGAGAAACAGGCGCGUGCCGCUAUGUUCAAGCUCCACCUGGGUAAUACGUCGCAUUGCGUGACGGAGGAAGAUUUUAAGAAAUUGGCGGCUUCUACCGACGGUUACUCGGGAGCUGAUAUAAGCAUCAUUGUACGGGACGCCCUGAUGCAGCCGAUCCGACAGGUGCAAACUGCUACGCACUUCAAGCGCGUUAAAGGACCGUCGCCGAGGGAUCCUUCCGUCAUCGUUGACGAUCUACUCACUCCAUGCUCUCCCGGUGAUCCGGCUGCCAUAGAAAUGAAUUGGAUGGAAGUGGAUGGCGAAAAAUUGUUUGAGCCAUCAGUUACCAUGAAAGAUAUGUUGAAAUCGCUAGCAACAACCCGUCCUACAGUGAACGAAGAAGAUUUGGCGAAGCUAGAGAAAUUUAAGGAAGAUUUUGGUCAAGAAGGUUGAGAGAUUAUCGAUUUCUCUCACAACCAGAGUAAACAGAUUUAUAAUUUAACAAAUAUUUUUAGUUAUACAUGCUUGCCUUAUUCCUCUUACGAUAACACGCUUGAUAAUAUCUGUAUAAAUAUGUUAUAUUUGGAAACGAGCUUUUUUUCCCUCGUCUCCUUAUUUAGAUCUCUUCUCUUUUUUUUUAAGCGCAACAGCGGAUGCAACCUCAAGCUUACCGCUUAUUUACUUAGUGAAAAUGAUAUAUAACUUAUGAAAUAAACCAUAUAUUUUGAGAUAAAAAAUUCUUAGACUUUUAUCAAGCAGUCAGACAAAAGGUAGAUAAUUUUUUAUCGUAAAGUAGGAAAAGUGUUGGUGAUACAUUUACGAGGUAUAUGGCAAACUCUGUGUUUAAUGCAUCACUAUGUAAUCACUAUUGAUAAGUACCUAACAAAUUAAUUGUAAAUCAUAGAUUUUAUAUAGUUACUUCCUAAUAACCUUUGAUCAUAGUUUUAAAACACUCUCGUGUAUACUGUUGGCCGAUUUUCUCGAUUCAAUUGAGCUUGACGUGGAAUCAUUCACGGAGUCGGAAUCGAAUCGCGCGGUCAAUUUUAUGAAAGAAAAAUUGGCUAACUGAAAUCGACGGAGUAACGAGUGUUAUGUAACAUACUACAUACAUAUUACUGAUAUUCAGAAUACUGUUUUCAUGUAAAUUGUUUUUAUUGUUAACUAAAUAAAUAACAAGCUGUAUACUGAUAUA